GCUGUGACUGUCGUGGAUCUAUUCAUUUCCCAGCGUGCACCUAGCUUAAGUCUUAACGUCAAGAUGGCGGCUCCGUUGACUCUCCUGCUGAUCGUGGCUGUCACCAUUCGUGCAGCUCUUUUUAGGUCCACCUUGGCGCAUUGGAUCGCCGAGAGGGUGGAGGUUGCGUCCCCGUUAACUGCCUGGAAAAGAGUGGUGGAAGGUUUGGCGCUACUGGACUUGGGAGUGUCGCCAUAUGAGGGAGAUGUCUUUCAUGAGACCCCUCUCAUCAUCUACUAUUUCCACUUUCUUGUGGACUAUGCGGAAGUUACCUUCAUCCUGGCCGACAUCAUCGUGGCCGUGUCCUUCUACCACGCAGUGAAGGACUACAACAAACAAGUGUUCAGGAAGCAGAAAUUCGCUCUGCAAGCUGAGCGCUACCCCGCCGAUUGUCACGAGCUGGUUCGAAGCCCCAAAGAGAUGCACUACAUCCCCCUCAAGGUGGCCAUGUUUUACCUUCUGAACCCGUUGAGCGUACUGUCCUGCGUGGCCAAGUCCACAUGCGGCCUGAACAAUGCCGUGAUAUCGCUCUUCAUCCUGGCCACAGUGAAAGGGAACACAUUGCUGAGCGCAGUCUUCUUGGCCUUGGCCACGUACCAGAGCUUCUACCCACUCACGCUGUGUGCUGCUGCUCUGCUGUAUCUCAUGCAGCUCCAGUUUAUCCCUGUCAACGCGUGUCGUCUGAGUUUCUGGUGGUUCGUGGCACAGUACGCCUUCAUGUACCUAGGCAGCCUUCUAGUGACAGUGGGCCUCUCCUUCUUCCUGCUGGGCUCGUGGGACUUUGUGCCCUCCGUUUAUGGCUUUAUCCUCACCGUUCCAGACCUGACGCCCAACAUCGGCCUCUUCUGGUACUUCUUUGCAGAGAUGUUCGAACACUUCCGCCUCUUCUUCCUCUGCGUGUUCCAGAUCAACGUCUUCAUCUACACCACCCCCCUGGCCAUCAAGCUCAAGGAGCAUCCGGUGUUCCUGAUCUUCAUGCAGCUCGCCAUCAUCUCUAUCUUCAAGUCGUACCCAACGGUGGGCGACGUGGCUCUCUACAUGGCCUUCCUGCCUAUCUGGAGUCACCUCGCCAGAUAUGCUGCUGGUGUCGGACUACUUCUAUGCCUUCUUGAGGCGAGAGCACCACCUGGUCCACGGACUUUACCCAAAGAAGCAAGACGGGUCGGAGGCCGUUCUGGUGCUCAAAUGAUCCCUUCAAACUUCAAAGCACAGAGAAGGAACGACCAGCGGAUCUUCUUGCAAGGCUCUUGGAAUGGGGGGGGGUCGUUCUGGUGCUCAAAUGAUCUCUUCAAACUUAAAAGCGCGGAGCAGGAACGACCAGCUGAUCUUCUUGCAAGGCUCUUGGAAUGGGGGGGGGGUCGUUCUGGUGCUCAAAUGAUCUCUUCAAACUUAAAAGCGCGGAGCAGGAACGACCAGCUGAUCUUCUUGCAAGGCUCUUGGAAUGGGGGGGGGGGGGGGGGUGUUCUUAACUAUUUUUUACUUAUUGAGGACAAAUUAACUAAUGAUUUCUGUUAAAACUCCAGGAAGAAUGUUAAGGGCACGGGGGGAGGCUAAUUUAUUUUUUGUAAUGAUCAUGCAUUGGAAAUACUAUGGUUGUGAAGUAAUUUUUUGUUUCAAGUCUAAAGAGUGAAAGUAAUUCUCCAGGUUGGGGUCCAUACUGACUAUUGAGCUAGGAACCAGGUUCACCCAUCUGAAGUCAUAUUCACACUUUGGCAUUACAAAAGUCUGGCAGUCAAGAUUGUUUUGGAAAGCUAUCAAAACUUAACCAUUCCGUUUUUGAGCUCAUGCUAAAGCUAAAUAGUUGGGCUUCGGUGGUAAAUGAGGGAUGAUGGCAUAUGCAAGUGUCGAGCUUUUGAACUUGACCAAGGUGACAUUCGGGUGGUAUUUUGAGCCAAUUGUUCAUGUAGCGAAUUUAUUUGGAUUGAGCUGAAUGCAACAUUCAAUAUUCCCAGAGCCAAAGUAGAAGAUUUUUCUUGUGACAGCUUAUCCAUAAGUGGUGGAUGAAAUGAAUAGCUAGAUCAAGUUAGGGGAAAUUUUCUCAAGGUGGACUAGAAGGACUUGCGUGUGCAAAAAGUGCAUUCAGCCUUUUGGUUGCAAGUUGCUAAUCUAACUUUUUUUUUCCUUUUUACAUAACUUUUCUAACUAAAUUGCUUAAAGGGUUUGAUUUGAUUUCCAUGUCUGAUAAUUACUGAUGGAUUGAACAGAUAUUGCUUCUGGAUAUAAUUUAUUUUGUACAGUAGAACAAAGGCAGGAUUCUCACAUGGUUGUCAAGUGUUUACCAAACAAAAAAACAUUGAAUGUUGACACGCAGCAGCGAGUUUGUUACCUUUUUUCUUGCUUUGUGUAAUAAACAUGAUGGAAAGAUGCA